AUGAUUGUACGGAAGGUUUGUAUGCGGCAGAGCCGCCAGCUCCUCGCCCUGAGUCGACGAGCCCCGAUCUCAAGUCGCUUCCAAUCGACAUUGACCGAGACUCCCGUCGAGACAUUGCAGACUCCUCCCACAGAGUCAAUCACAGAGUCAAUCAAGCCCGAAAACCCUCUCACUGAGAUGGUACAGGCCCAAUCCGCGGCAGACACGGCACAAGAUUCCGCACUCGACACUCGCAGAUCCAAAUUCCACAAACUCGGCACAAAGGUUAAAGCUGCCUACCACCCCGAAGAUGUCCUCCGCAAUCCCCCCAAGCCCUCCCAAGUGACCCUGGAACUUCUCCUGGCCUCCGGAACCCACAUGGGUCACUCGACCUCCCGCUGGAACCCUCAGAACUCCCGUUACAUCUUCGGUAUCCGUGAAGGCGUGCACAUGAUCUCGCUAGACCAGACGGCCGCAUACCUCCGCCGAGCCGCGAAAGUCGUUGAAGAAGUUGCCGCGCGUGGCGGUCUGAUCUUGUUUGCGGGUACCCGUGACGGCCAGAAGCGGGCUGUUGUCAAGGCUGCCGAGUUAGCGAAGGGAUAUCACAUCUUCGAGCGGUGGAUUCCGGGCUCGUUGACCAAUGGUCAGCAGAUUCUCGGCCACUGCGAGACGAGAGUCGUCAACGCGCUCGAUCAGGAGUUGCCGGAUUUCAAGCAGGAUUUGGCUGAUCGUCCCUCGCUCAAGCCUGAUCUUGUGGUCUGUCUGAACCCGCUUGAGAAUGCGGUGCUUCUGCACGAGUGUGGAGUGAACAAUGUCCCUACAAUCGGUAUUAUUGAUACCGAUGCGGACCCCACGCGUGUCACCUACCCCAUUCCCUCCAACGAUGAUAGUCUGCGGGCUACCCAUUUGAUUGCGGGAGUGUUGGGUCGUGCUGGUGAGGCGGGUCAGUUGCGUCGUAUGAAGAUGGCCGAGGCGGGUCAGACCACCUAUAAGCCUAUUACAGCUGCUGAGUUGCGUCUGGAUCCUUUCACCGGAUUGAACCUCAGCGACCUGGCGAAGAAAUAG